GUAAAGAGAUUCCACGCUGGAAAAUGGAUGUGCUCCACGGCUGAAGGAGAGAGAGAAACACGCGGCGGGUGGUGGCGGGUGCCGUGUAUGUAACACGCAUACUCUCGCGUGGAAACACAGAGGACACAAACGUGACGAGGCAGCCGAGGGGCUGUUACGCAACCAUUGACCUACUAACACAUAUUUCUAGAAAGGCUGCCGCAACAAAGUGGAGCAAAGUGUCCGCCGGCGCACGACACGGGGCGACUCGACCAAGGAGAGAGAUACAGGGGACCCGAACGCGCACAGACACCAAAGAGGGAACAACUUUUUUUCUGGAUAGGGUUUCUCUAAAGAAAAGGAGGAAACGGGAGCGAGACAGCUUUUGUGUCGGGGAAGCCUGAAGGUUGUUUUCCCCUCCUCCACCAUUCAAAGCAACGGCAUUCAAGUCGGAUCCUCGGGGACACUCGAAGCAGACAGCCUGACCUACAUCUUCUGUACGACACUGUGAUGAGAAGCGCUGUGGCCUGACAUGCUCCGCAGCUGUGCAGAACAUUUGGGAAGACAUCAGUAAACUCCAGUUCACCUGCCGAGAGACUCCACCGACUUGCGGUGUGCCAAGAAAACCAAACAACUUGAAACACAAGCUUGAUCUUCUUUUUUUUUUUUUGACAGAUUGUUGAGAAAAUAAGUUCAAUGUCUAAGGUGUUCAUGGAGUUCCACCUGUUUUUAAUCUUCUUGGCUAAUUUGGACACUUGAAUAUUCUGAUCGAGUAAACAAUUGGUAAGAGAAAUCAAUGAGGCUCUCUCUUAGAUGUGAAGUCUUUGCUGAUCCCGCAACAUAGUGGCAAAAGUUGCAUCACAAAGUCUUGUUAUAUCUGUGCAUCUUUCCCGACACACUUGCUCAAUUUCCACUCUGGCCUUUCCUUGGAAAAAUGGAAAACCUGAAUCUACACAUCUCAACCACCAGCAACAAAAAUGCCAUGGAGGUGGACAGUUUUACUUCCUACAGCGAUCUCCCAUCCCCUCUUCCCGAGAGCGGGGCACGGGCCAGCCGCCAGGCGAAAGGUUCCAAGCCGACUGUGGCGUCCCGUCGCAAGCGGGAGUUCAUCUCUGAUGAGAAAAAGGAUGAUUCAUAUUGGGAAAAACGGAGGAAGAACAACGAAGCAGCAAAGCGCUCGAGGGAAAAACGUCGCCUGAAUGACAUGGUUCUAGAGAACCGGGUCAUGGCCCUGAAUGAGGAGAAUGUUCGUCUAAAAACGGAACUACUUCAGCUCAAGUUGCGCUUUGGACUCAUCACCACAGCGUCCUACAUGGAGAAAAGCCAGCAGAUCGCUAGUAGCAAUGGGAGUAGCGCCAGUGGCACCCCCAAUAACGCCUACCUCUCAAGUAGCGGCUACUCCAGCGCAUCCCAGGUGAUGCUGAACUCGGACUCUUCGGAAACCGAACAGCCCAGCCGCGGUGAGCGCCACUCGGCGCUCCCCAAGUAUUCUCCCAGAGGAUCUGUGUCGGACUUGUCUGAUGGCUCCUCAAGGGACAGCCCCGAGCCUUUGGGCUACAGCAUAAAGAAGGAGCCUGCCAACAUGGACAUGGCAAGAUUGGAAGGCACUGGACUCUCUGGCGGUAUAGCCAAUGGCUUGCCAAGCCGUGCUUACCAUGGCAUUCAUCCUGCUUUGAUGUCUCCUCACCAGCAGAGUACACAGUUGGCUGAAGCUGUCAUAGACUACCAGCAGCAGCAGCAGCCGAGCCACAUGGAGGCCUCUACUUCCACUGCCCAGGCCACUUCUUCACAAAGGAGUGUCAUUCUGUAUCGCUCUAGCAGCGGCUGUUACCCCAUGGAGAGCCAGAGGCCAGAUGAGCAACAGAGCAGGACGCAUUACGGCCAGCACUCCUCAAACUCCAAGUUCUCCGAAUGUUCAGUGACAAUCGCCGAGGUCGCCGAGAAGCUGGAGAGGACAAAGACGAUGGACUGUGAGCAGUAUGAAUAUUCGGAGGAACUGCGGGCACAAUACAACGGCCAACAGCAUGAGACCCACUACAGCUUUCGGACUCAGGAGAACAGCCUUGAGCAAGCCGAGAGCCGGAACCCCUUUGCUCCCAAUCUGAUCCACAGCACCGAGGAGGGCAUGGCGGUGUUCUCGCAGCACAAUGGCUACCUCAACACGAUGGACGAAGAGCCUCCAGUUCUCACCUAUGAGGGAGGCCCUCGAAGCGAUGGCUUCGACCAAGAAAAUUCCUCUGCUAAAGAUACGUCAUCUAGUGACGGGGACCCCCGGAGCUCCGACAAGGAGGCUUUGACCGAUGACGAAUCCCCCUCUUCGUCGUCCUCAGACAUUAGCAGCUACCACCAGAAAGCUUCGGCAACCACCGGGCCCCACGGAGAGUGCCAAGCUGAGGUCAAAGCGACUGCCCUGCCCCACAAGCUGCGCCUCAAGAACCGAGCAAUGUCCACCGGGGCGACAAAAGCACAGAUGGAGGUCUGCGUGGGCGUCUCCAUGUCCCCAUCCCCCACCCUGCCUCAGCACCCUUACCUGGCACUGCCAAGCAACUCUAACAGCAGCCAGGUCAGCAGAGAGGCAGAGAAUGAUUUGGAGUACACCGAGGAGGUCAGACCUCAGCCGGAUGAGAGGUUGGACUCACAAAAGGCAGCCGGCAGUGGUUAGAGGCGUGUUUUAAGUACAGUUUGGAGGUGCUCUAGUUUCUGCAACUACAGCCCCAUUCAUCUUGUCGGCAAAAAUGAGGCCUCGCUUGGAAAUGACUUCCAUCCACUUUCACUGUCACCUGUUUCCCUUUAUUCUCUCCUACCUCCCACAUGUCCCUCCAGUUCAAAUCACAUCACUCACUGAGGGAGGAAACGGAAUGAAAUAGUUUCAGUCUGAGCUACUUCUGGCCAGCGGACACAUUUUGUUGUGGCAUUAUAAGAACAUUUCUUUGACCAAAGAAUAUUCGUAUUUUUUUCACGUCACCUUUUGUUGGUACAGUAACGGUGUAUAUUGGUCUUCUUGGAAUAACAAGUCAGUCCUUUUCACUUCAAGCACUUAGAUUGUAAAAUGUUGUGACAUUCAUUUGCAUAGAUGAGGUAUCUCAUUUGAAAAGAAAAUGUGGCAAAAAUAAUUGUAAAAAAUCUGUCGGAUGCAUACGUCUUGAACUUUAAUGUGGUAAAUUGUUCGGACAAUUACAAAGCAAAUUCCUCCAAGAUCUAAAGUAGGGGUGCCCAAAUCUGGCGCUCGAGAGCCGCCAUUUCAAAAUCGGAAUUGGGCGUGUUGGAGGAGGGAGACAUCUCAAACAGGCUGGAUAGGGGGCUCUUGAGGGCCAAACUUGGACACCCUGAUUUAAGUCAAGUCAACAGUAUUUAUAGAGCACAGCCAUCGCUGCAUACAAAGUGCUGUACAUGGAGCAAUCUAACAUGCACAAUAAACAGUAAGACAAAUCGGUAAUAAAGGCGAUAGAAGCACCAAACAGUAAAACCAAGAACAACUCGUGAGUCAUGCUGAAAGUCAUUUAAAACGAAACACAUUUAGUUAUAUGGAUGACUUUGGGUUUGACUCUGUUUUGGGUGAUUUGAUCACUACAAUUGCCUCUGCAAUCAAAACACUCAAAUUGCCCCACGGGGAAAAAUAAAGUUUUCUGAAUCUGAAUACAACACCAAAAAUGGCUCAAACAUUUGAGUCCCCUAACGGUCAAGGGUAUGCAGUCGUACGAUGUUGACAAGCACAAGGCGAGCCUUCCUGGCUGCAACAACAGAAUGGAUACAAUUUGUCGAAUAAAAAGAUGACUCACCCAUCCCAAACUAGGAAAACGACGCAGUUUUUCCUCAUAAGGUGCCUCUUUUAUUGUGCCGUCACAAUGGCCGACGAUUGAGCAAAGCCCGCUGUGCACUGAGCUUAAGCCGCCCCACUAAAUCUGAAUCGUACAACUUUUUUUUUCCCAACAGUUUCCCUUCCAGGUGCCUGCCUCUGGCCAUGAUGUAUAAAUGUAAAGUUGUCUUUAUCACUUGUAUACUGCGGUCACUAUUUUUAUUAAUAUUUUAUAUUUGGUUAAUAUUUUGUCUAUUAUAUGUAAUUUUAUUGUCCUCCUAUGUGUCAUUUUGCUCUCUGCUCUUCCCGGUUGUGCUGUGUAUUUGCUCAUGCUACCCUACCCCAUGCAACGAUUUGUACUCUGUGUUACUGUAUAACCAGUAAUGUUGGCCUAAACCUUGUGCGGAAAUGAGACCCCCCCCCCCCCCCGCCCCCCCUAAAAGCCAAGCUUGUCCAUAAGUGAAAAUGUUUGGCUAUACUUCACAUGGACAUGUGAAAUGGUUGAACAGAAAAAAAUGUGCUUUAUUUUGAUUGUAAAGGUUGAAAAUGGGGAAGAAUAAAAGGUUGUUGAAACGUCA